GCGGCGCGGCGGUGGGCGUGGCUGGGGCGCUGGUGGCGGGGCCUGGGCCAUGGCCCUCUCCUCCUCCUCGGCGUACCUGCUGGCCAUGCAGGAGCUGUUCCGGGCCAACACGCGGAGCAGGGAGUUCCCGGCGCACGGGGCCAAGGUCCACUCGGUGGCCUGGAGCUGCUGCGGGCGCCGCCUCGCCUCCGGCUCCUUCGACAAGACCGCCAGCGUCUUCGUCCUCGACAAGGACCGCCUGGUGAAGGAGAAUAAUUACCGUGGCCAUGGAGAUAGUGUGGAUCAGUUAUGUUGGCACCCCAGUAACCCUGACUUAUUUGUCACGGCGUCUGGAGACAAAACCAUUCGUAUAUGGGAUGUCCGCACGACUAAGUCCAUUGUCACUGUAAACACCAAAGGGGAGAACAUUAAUAUCUGUUGGAGCCCUGAUGGUCAGACUAUUGCAGUAGGAAACAAGGAUGAUGUUGUGACUUUCAUUGAUCCUAAGACACAUCGGUCCAAAGCAGAAGAGCAGUUCAAAUUUGAGGUGAAUGAGAUCUCUUGGAACAAUGACAACAACAUGUUUUUCCUCACCAAUGGCAACGGUUGCAUCAACAUCCUCAGCUAUCCAGAACUGAAACCUAUCCAAUCAAUUAAUGCCCACCCCUCAAACUGCAUCUGUAUCAAAUUUGACCCAAUGGGCAAGUAUUUUGCUACAGGAAGUGCUGAUGCACUGGUUAGCCUCUGGGAUGUGGAUGAGCUGGUGUGUGUCCGAUGCUUCUCUAGGCUUGAUUGGCCCGUGAGGACAUUGAGCUUCAGCCAUGAUGGGAAAAUGCUGGCUUCAGCUUCAGAAGAUCAUUUCAUUGAUAUUGCUGAGGUAGAAACAGGGGAGAAGUUAUGGGAAGUUCAGUGUGAGUCCCCCACUUUCACUGUGGCCUGGCAUCCCAAGCGUCCCCUGCUGGCCUUUGCCUGUGACGACAAAGAUGGAAAGUAUGACAGCAGCAGGGAAGCUGGCACUGUAAAGCUCUUUGGUCUUCCCAAUGACUCAUAACAGAAGUCUUCUGCAGACUGUACUUAUGACAUGGGAUUCUGAGCCAUGGCAGGACACUCACAAGCCACCUUGGUUUUGUACUGGGUUUGUUGCCCUUUCUAGAGGAGGAGCAGUACUGUGGCUUGGAGGUCCCCCCCCCCCCCCCAACAGACCUGCUUUUUGAAACUGUUGUAAAUUUCCCAACCAGAAGGCACAAAGGCUGGCUGGCAAAAUCCCUUUUCAUUGUCUAGGCUGUUGACAGGUUGAUGUUUCAAAAGGUGAGGGAUGCAGCUGCUGAUGCACUGGUAUGUCUGUAUGAUGAACUUUCCAUUGGGAAUUCAUUCCCUGUCCUCUAGUUAAUCAGGGAUGUAGCAGGCAAAGCCUCUUGCAAAUCUAGGUUAUUAUGUCAUUGCCAUCCCCAUGUGUCUUUGAUUGAACAUGAAAAGGCAGAGUUAGAAACCACCUUUGCCUUGAAGGAAUGAUUAACUCAUCCAUCCACUUGAAUAUAGUGUGUGAGUGUGUUACCUUCCUUUGGAACCUUUGAAAGGAGUUGGGAAGGGAAUUGGGACUAUUUUUUAUAUGAACCUGUUUUUAUAUCUUGGAUAACCUUGUUCAACUCAAUAAAUAAACAGAACUUUUGUGUACUGUA